AUGGCAGUUUCAGUAGAAGAACAAUCUCAGUUUCUUCCAAAUGAAGCAGUUAACAUUGUCAUUCCGGAGAAGCUUUUGCAAAUUGUAACUGGCAGACCAAGAGAAAACCACGAUCUUGGAUGCCCUAUGCAAAAAGUCCCACCACUUCUACGACUAGACAAGAACAACCAGCAAGACUAUGAUCCCUUGGUGGUUUGUUUGGGGCCUUAUCACCAUGGCAAAGAGGAGCUUCAAUCAGCUGAGGAGUUCAAACUCAUAGCCUUGGAGAUGUUCGUUGCUGAUAGCGGCCAUGAUGUACUAUUUUUCUAUUUCAAGGUACUUCAACUUGUGAAUGAUGCUAGAAAUUGUUAUUUUGAAGAUUCUACUAAAAAGUACGAUGAUGAAAAGUUUGCACAAAUGAUGCUUCUUGAUGCCUGUUUCAUUAUCAACGACAUAAUUUCUAGAUGCAAAAGUGGCGCAAACUUUUACAUCACACGCUAUUGUCUUGGUGACUUGGCAUCGGCAAUUGUACUUCGUGACAUGUUUUUACUUGAAAAUCAAAUUCCCUUCUGGCUUCUUAAGUUUCUGAUGUGUUUGAGAUGUGGUAAACAAGAAGGUGAAGAGAUGCUCAACGAGUUCUUGAAUGGGACUAUGUUCGGGAAUUAUAAGGGGAGCGGAAUAGCUAGCAGAGAUAAGGACCUAUCCCAUCAUCUUCUGGACGCUUUCUGGCUAGUUCUUGUCUCUGAAUCCUCAAUCUUCACGAGUAUAUUUGCAAUUUGCCAUGUUUUCUGCAGUGGAGAAGAUCAAAUAUUGACAAUGAUUCUAGCAAAAAAAAAAUACGUUCAUUGCUUUCGUUCAGCCACGGAGUUGAAGGCCAAGGGAAUUCACUUUAGGCGCAGCAGUGCUGACUCUUUGAAGGGCAUCAAGUUCAAAUCAAGUUAUUUCUAUGCAACACUUGAAGUUCCAAUUUGGUUUGUUUCGAUUUACACCAAAGUUUUCUUUUUAAAUAUGAUUGCCUAUGAAAUGUGCCCAAGUAUCAGCACUGACCGAGCAGUGACAGCAUAUAUUGAGUUCAUGAAAUCGCUGAUCGACAGUCCCAAGGACGUGAAAGAACUAAGAGAAAAAAGGAUUUUGCUCACAACUUUGGGCAGUGAUGAAGAAGUGUUGAAGGUUUAUAAAGACAUAAACACUUACGGGGUGCGGAAUGUCACCAUUUUUCAUGAUGUGAAGGAGAAAAUUCAGGCACACUAUAACAACAAGGCAAAGACAUGGCUGGCUGAACUUUUCUACACUUAUUUUAACAGUCCCUGGACUGCGAUUGCUUUAUUUGCUGCUGCUUUCCUUCUUGUCUUAACUUUUCUUCAGACCUAUUAUACAGUAAGGCCUUCUUAAUUCCCUAAAGAUAAUUAGAAGUUGAAAUAGUAACGGUAAAGACUAGAGUUCUGUGGACGGUA